AUGGCACACUCUGUUCAAUGCUACUUUUUGUCCCCAAACAAAGAUGUGCCAAAUAAUCCGAUGCCGGUGCUGCAUUACCGCGGGGUAUUGCCGAUAGAUGCUACCGAAGAUGUAGUUACAGAAUUUCUUACUGCAAAUACCUGGGAAAAGAGAGGAGCCUGGGGCCACAUCGGCAUUCGCCAUUUCCAUCCCAAUACCCACGAGUGCUAUGGGAUUGUCAGCGGCCGUUCUACAAUGCUACUCGGCAAAAUUGAAGACGGCGCCGGGGUUAAGGUCAAGGUGCAGAAGGGAGAUGUAAUCGUUCUUCCAGCCGGAACAGCGCAUUCCAGCCUUGAGAGCGCGCCAGACUACUUUUAUAUCGGCGUCUAUCCACGACGUCAUCCCAAAUGGGUCAAUGAGCACGGCAAGAAGCCAGCGACCCAGUUUCGCACUACCAUCAGAGCGGUUGAGAUGCCAGAAGAGGAUCCAGUCUAUGGCAAAGACGGGCCACUUUUGAAAUUGUGGAAUCCGCAGAAUUUGGCAAAGUUAUAA